AUGUCCACUGCGCACCACCACUCGGCCGGCAUGGAGUUCCCCUUCUCACCGAGGAGUAACCCCUCCAACAGCGCAUGCCACGCCACCAACACCAGCACCACCAAGGCCCGCCAGGGAACCACCCAAAACACCUCGUCGUACUCCAAGUCGAAGCGGAAGCUUUCCUCGACCAGGACGUCCACCAUCCCUUCAUCUCAUCAUAAGGAUGACACCACCAAGUACGGCGACGAUCUUCGUGGCGGUGGCAGCUCAAGCAAGAAGGCCCGUCGUCCUCCUUCCGAGACCGGCUUUCUCUCCAUGGGCGCCUGGUGCGAGCCCCGCCCGGCUCGAGACGAAGCUCUAGUCCUAGACGGAUAUGCCCGCGGCGCCGACGGUACGAGCGCCUGGACGCCGCCUGCAACGCCCUACAUCGGCCGACUGAACACUCCCCCCUUGUCGCCCAUGGCGUAUGACACCGAGUUCCAGCCACGCCGCCACGAAGAGCAGCAGGAAGACAGCAUCAACGAGAACUGGUACCUCGCCAGAAAGUCCAAGAUGGAUAUGAAAUUGGAUGCAGCGAAGGCGUACAUGGCGCAAAGGAAAGGUGGCAAUCAUCCACGCAUGGAAUAA